UCAGAAUGUCUCUUCAAAAAGAUGUCCUUGAAGUAAAAUGGCCCGAUUAUUGCGAACACCCCAGCAUCCCGCCAAAUUUGAGCAUAAUUAGACCGAUGUUGCCUGGAAAUUUCGAAACAUUCGUUAAUCUGCUCUCGAUCUGAUAAGUGCGUCGCAAAUAAUCGCGUUCGGAUUCAAAUUUAAGACGUAAUUAACAGAAAAACGUGCCAUGGCACCACGCCGUAAACGUGCUGCUGCAAAGACCUCGGAGGCUGCCCCGGCCAAAAAGGUCGCCAAGAAAGCCAGCCCCCCUCCGAAGGAGGAACAACCGGAACCAGUGGCUGCCACGGAGGAAGCAGGGGCAACCAUCUUCAUCGAACACUGCAAGUCAUGAUCCGUGUUCAAGCGCAAGGCGGCCCAGAUCCACUCGGAACUGGGUGCCCUUGCGCCGAAACAGUCGUUCAACCUGGUGCUGAACGAGGACGGAAAGCCCCGCCGUGGGGCUUUCGAGAUAUCCGUGGCCAAGGCGGGCGAGUCGGAGAAGGUGCUCGUCUGGUCCGGACUGCCAAAGGGUCCGCCGCGGAAGGACAAGUUCCCCGAGGCUGAGGCCAUCUUGGCGGAUGUGUUGAAGGCGUUGAAGUAGGAGUGAUUUGUUUGUUUUGAGAUAGUGUGUAGGUUGAAUUGGGCUGCGAAGGGCUUUUGAUUGCUGUUGAAGGGGUGUACUCCAUUUGGCAUAAUGGACAUUUGGCAUAACGGGUUUUCAAGAUGGACGUUUGGCAUAAUGGACGAUUGGCAUAAUUGGUCCAAGACAUCAGGGACAUUUGGCAUAAUGGACAUUUGGCAUAAUGGACGUUUGGCAUAAUUCGUUCAAAAAACAUCAAGGACGUUUGGCAUAAUUGACGUUUGGCAUGAUUAUUACUAGCUUAUUUUUUUGUUAAUUAUUUGUCAUUUUCACGAAUGAAAAUGUAUAUUUUUUACCUUUUUUAUAUUACUUUAAGAGAUUAUCAUUUUUUUCUAUAAAAAAUUAGGUAUCUCUAUAUAUUUUCCCAAUAGUAAAUUCUUUCCAUUUUGAAUAAUUCACAAUAAAUCUUUUCAAUGAAAUUUUGAUAUUUUUAUUAAAUAAUUAACAUAUCUCUUGUUAGCUUAAAAUUUUCCCCCUUUCAAUAUAAUUAGGAGUAAUUUUUUAAAUGAAAUUUUCCCUUCUUUUAUAUGAAAUUCAUGAUGAGAAAAACCUCUUCAAAUCUUCGACAAUUGAGCUUUUAUAAUGGAAUUUUCCCUUCUUUUGAUUAAAAUUUUACUUGAAGAAGGAAAUUUCUAAAUAAAUUCACAUUUUUCCCUUCUUUUUCGAAUUUAAUCUAAAGAAACCCCAGAACUGGGCAGCACUCAUCCGACACGAGACUAGCGGAAAGAUUCACUGACACAGAGAACACAGUUCUACAUGACCGAGAGAAUUAUGCCCUCGAGUCCAUUUUCAAGAAAAAGUUCAUCCUUCAAAACGAAAAGUGUUCUCUACGGGAACUGAACCAGAGACUAAUAAUAGACUAACUCAAUGACUAAACUGCCUUGGCCACAGCAGCUUGGUGACACAAGAGUAGUCAGAUUUCGAUGUAUGACUCUUGUUGCAGAUUUACUGUUUCAAUUAAUUAAUUAAAUUAAUUGUUUUGCAGGUGUGAGUUGGUACCAUUAUUCUAUCGAGUUUAGCAUUGAGCUCUCUAUAAAUUUUGAUGGAAUUAUACUCUCGAUCCUGUAUUUUGGGUGAAUGGAUGUCGAUGUUGCUUUUCUUUAAAUAUUUUGCAAUUAAGUUUUUUUAUUCAAUUUUCCCAUAAUUUUUUAUAUUUAACUUGAAGAAGGGAAAUUCUCUUAUAGAUGUUGUCUUUAAACAUUUAUAUAAUUUCUGCACAUUUUUUCUCUGUUGGUUUAAUUUUUGCAAUAAAGUUGUUUAUGGAAUUUUCCCUUCUUUUAUUUAUUCAAUACUUAUCUUAAAGAAGGGACAACUGCCUAAAAAAAAUGCUGAUUAAAUGUUAUUUUUAAGAGAGGUAGGUGAAAAACAUAAAAAUAUUGCGAUAGUCAAACAUUUUAAGAGUGUCAAAAUGUGAAUCUUUAAAUUUACUUUUCCUUCCAUAAGUUGAAUUUUAUAUAAAUAAAUAUAAAUUUUAUAAAAAAAUUCAUAAUCGAAGUUUAUUGUCAAAUAUUCGAAAAGUAUUGUUUUUAGAGAUUUUCCCUUCUAAAAGUUGAAUUUAAAAUAAAAGAAGGGAAAAUUUCAUAACUCAUUUGUCAAAUAUUUUAAAAAAGAAAAAAUGUACAUCCCUUAUUAAGGAUGAAUAUUAAAGAAGAAAAAAUUGCAUAAAAACAAUGAUUGCAAAAUUUUGAAAAAAAAAACAAACUGCACAUUUUUUGAGAGAUUUUACUUUACUUUAGCUUUAAAAUAAAAGAAGAGCAAAUUGCUUUAAAAAAUUUAAAUGCAUUUCGUUAAAUAAGAGCAAAAUGUACAUACAUUCUUUAGGUUGAAUUUGAAAAAGAAGGGGAAAGGGUAAACAGUAUAAAUUUUUUAUUGCUAAAUUUCAAAGACUGGCAAAACUUACAUCACUUUGUUAGGUUGAAUUUAAAAUAAAAGAAGGAAUAAUUGAAUACAAAAAAUUAGCUGCAAAAUAUUUCAAAUGAAGACAAAUCUCAAUAUUAUAUAUUUAUGAAAAAAAUGCAUUUUAUAUUUAUGAAAAAUUGCAUUUUAAAGAUUUAUUAAGAAAAAAAAGGAAAAAAAAAUUACAUCUAUUGGGAGAAAAUGACAAAGAUACUAGAUUUCUUGAAAACAAAAAUCAUUUUUAAAGUUAAGUUAUCUGCUUAGAAAAAAGAAAAAAAAACCUAUAAAUUAUUAUUCUUUAAAAAAAAUAAAUACUUAUUGAACAAAAAAAAGCUAGCAAAAAUUAUGCCAAACGUCCAUUAUGCCAAACGUCCUUGAUGGGUUUUGAACGAAUUAUGCCAAACGUCCAUUAUGCCAAAUGUCCAUUAUGCCAAACGUCCCUGAUGUCUUGGACCAAUUAUGCCAAACGUCCAUUAUGCCAAACGUCCAUCUUGAAAACCCGUUAUGCCAAAUGUCCAUUAUGCCAAAUGGGGUACACCCUGUUGAAGCUUUGCUGUAUGAAGAUAUCGAGGCAAACCCGCGAGGGACCUUGAAUCGGAAGUUUGCAGACUACCUCAGUGGUGAAGGGAGUUUCGGAGCUGAAUUCAACUGGACUGUCUAACCGAUUUGUGUUCUAAUAAACUCAGGAUGUUCCAUGUUCUAAUA